CUGUGACUGCCUCUCGCGCCUGCCAGUCAAAGACGCUCCAGCCAAUCGGGAGCUCUGUCCUUUGGCUUUACGUCACAGGCGAUCACCGGCAGCUAACGCUAGGAUCCAAGAUGUCCGCGAUGUUCCCCAUGUGUGUGAGAGCUAGCCGGAGCCUUCUGCGGUUCCAGAGCGGGAUGUCAGCUGCUUCCAGCCCGCAGCAAGUGCUGGAUGUCAUCCGGACUCUGUCCACGGAGAAGAACCCACCCGGUACCGGCGGUGCGACGGGAGGGUUAGCCCAGGCGAUCCUCCAGGAGAGGCUUCAGCAGAGUCAGGGUCAGCCGCCCCCAGAGGGCGAUCCGGGCCAGAAGGACGGAGAGCAGACGGAGGACAGGAAGCAGAAGGAGAACUCGGCCUACGCCAAGAAGAUGGUGCUGCGGCUGGCGGGGCUGAUGGGAGUGGGCGGGGCCGCCAGCCUCGUCUACAUCUUUGAUCCGAGUGACCUGAUGAGGCGAUGUGCUGGAGGAAAGAAGCCCAGCAGGGGGCGCCACACACUCAUUAUAAGACAUGAAGAAGAACGGACAAAUUCAGAGGACGAGCAGGGAAACAGAAUUCCUGAUGAGUUCGAUAAAGAUCCGCCCGUCGUCCAGCAGCUCAGGAGAACCUACAAGUACUUCAAGGAUUACCGACAGAUGAUCAUCGAACCGACGAGUCCGAAGCUGCUUCCCGACCCGCUGAAGGAGCCGUACUACCAGCCGCCGUACACGCUGGUUCUGGAGCUGACCGACGUCCUGCUGCACCCGGAGUGGUCGCUGUCCACCGGGUGGCGCUUCAAGAAGCGACCCGGCAUCGACUUCCUGUUCCAGCAGCUGGCGCCGCUCUACGAGAUCGUCAUCUUCACGGCCGAGACGGGCAUGACGGCGUACCCUCUGAUCGACACCAUCGACCCGCAGGGCUUCGUCAUGUACCGGCUCUUCAGGGACGCCACGCGCUACAUGGAGGGCCACCAUGUCAAGGACGUGUCGUGUCUGAACCGGGCCAGCAGUAAGGUGAUCGUGGUGGACUGCAAGCGCGAGGCGUUCCAGCUGCAGCCCUUCAACGGCCUGGCGCUCAGGAAGUGGGACGGAAACUCCGACGACCGGACCCUCUACGACCUCGCCAACUUCCUGAAGGCCAUUGCUCUGAGCGGUGUGGACGACGUGCGCAGCGUUCUGGAGAACUACGCCCUGGAGGACGACCCCAUCGAGGCCUUCAAGCACCGCCAGGCCCAGCUGGCCCAGGAGGAGCAGCAACGCCUGGCGGACCUGUCCCAGCAGAAGAAGCCGGCUCUCUCUCUGGGCUCCAUCACGACCCGGUUCUGGCGCUCCAAGCAGCAGUGAGGCCUGCAGGCCCCUCCCACCCACACCGCUCCACCAAUCACAGCCCAAGGAGGUGAGGGGUGGGGCCUGGAGGGCGGGCUCUGGAGGCCCCGGCCCCCUUCCUCUCUGUGUGUCCUGAUUGGACCCAGGUGAGUUUGGACCUGCUGGAGGUCGGCGGCUGAUCCAGAACCAGAACCAGCUCUGGUUCCCUCCUCCGCCUUGGACCGGACCUGGUAUCGGUUUCCCCUCCGUCCUGCAGGGGGCGCAGUGACUCUGACAGUACAGAAUAAAUCACUGAUGUUUAGACGUGAGCAGCGGUUCUGGUGGACGUUGGACCGGACCGGAACCGCUGGAGGAGCUGCUGCUGCGGUUCCAAAGCUUUCUGUCGGCCUCAUAAAGCUCUGAACACAACAAACAUGUGGUGUGAUUUUUCACCAGCAGGUGGAGCAGCUGAGCCUGGCGGGCCCGGUUCUGGGUUGGAACCGGACCUUCAGAACAUCAGACCAAUAAAAAGUUUAAUAAACUCAGCCUUCUUCCUUCCACUCAACUUUCUCUGCCUGGACACAGCUGUGAGCAGCCAGCAUCUGUCCACUCAGGUGGAUCAGAACCAGAACUUUUUAUUGGUCUGAUGUAAUAUUCUGAUAUUUACUGGAAUAAAUCGGAUUUCAACCAGAA